CAAUAAUAGCAGACCAAUCGCCACUACUACUAAACGAACUAGCCGCCGUCGCGACAAAAACACACAAGUAGAGGCUCUCCCUUCUCCCCGAAUUCCAAAACAGGCUCUCUCAUGGCUGUAGCAGAGGCUCCGCGGCCGCCGAUACCAGCUCACCGUCGCCGGAACUCCGUUGCCACAUCUGUAGUCAUCGCUACUAAACCCACUCUCCCUUCUACACCUCUCCACUCAUCCAUAUUCUCUCCUCACCGCACAAAUGGCAACGGCGUCGUCUCCUCUCCACCACUUGCCUUUGGGCUGGCAUCUCUCGAAGCUUACACUUCUCUUAAGGAUAUCCUCCCUUCCACUGCCGUCAACUCCCCCACCGCAGCUUCCUCGGCCUCUCGAAAUCUCUUCCGCAAUCGCCUCGUCCAGCAAGCGGCGUGGGCCUACCUCCAGCCUAUGUCUUCUUCGCCGGAUUCAUCAAGCCAACACUUCCUUCUCCGCUUCUGGAUGCAAUUCUCAACGCGCAAUCCCAUCACUUCUUGUAUUCGAUUCGUUAAUCUUCGUGUUAUUCCUAGUAUUACAGAAGCCUUUGAUCGGAUUCUUCGUGCCAUUCGAUUCCGGAUGGAGAAACAGCACUGGCUGACCUUUUUUAGUAAAUAAUUUAAAGCCUUACCAGUUCAGAGUGUGCUCUUAAAAUUAUAGAUUGAAAUACUCCAAUCAAAAACAAAAUCUGUACUGGAAGGAAAAAGAAUGAAUCAAAUUGAAUUCAGAAGUGUAAAAAACAAAUUUCCUUCUCUUUUUAUUAAGGGUUUGGCUUCUUCUUUUUUUGUGGUACAAUUGAUUACAAUCUUCAGUUUACGAUUGAUUUCGAACGGCGGAGCCUAGUUCGGACCUGCUGGAGCUGGUGACUGACGACAUCAGAAUUAGAGACAGUGCUUGAAUCCACCGAGUCGGUUUGUUCGUUGAGGUGGACUAGGAAGUUAUUGGCUUUUGGUGACUCCGAAACUGCACGGUUGAUCGGACUACUGGGGGGCGGUGGGGGUCUUGGUGGCUUCUUACCGUUCUUACGUUUGCUCAAUGAGGGCGAUUCAUUUAAACCCGGUGCGCUUGGUUCCCAGUCCCUCUCCUUCUGCAAGGUUGGUUAGUUUAGUACAGAUUGAUUGAUUUAGCAAGUCACUUGUAGUAUAAGGUUGCCUAUAAUGGGAUUUUGUCUUUUUCAUUUUAUCA